AUGCGGGGCGAAAGGCCUCUCCGGGGGCGUUUCCCCCCGACGUGGGCUCAUGUCCUGGUCGAGCGGGACGUGCACGGGCACGACCCGAGCCGUGUGUGUUCCCUUUCUCUCACGCUGCGAUGCGGGACCGGGCCGCGUUUCUGUCGGCCGCCGCCGAUUUGGACGUGUGGCAGGCAUCGCAUUUACCAACGUUUACUCUUGAAUGCCCUGAGCAUCACGAAUCAUCUAGUCUACGACGAGCUGACCAACGGCUCCCUGGCCCAACACAUCCGAACUCGAGAAGACGUGAUCCAUGCAUCGAGUCCUCGCCCCUCGAGUCCGCCUCUUGCACCUCCCCAGCCCCCGACCACAGUCCCCAGCUCGACGCCUCUGCCCUCGGCCACCCCCAUCUACUUGGAGGACGAGGGAGUCCCGAGCGACUUGUUGCCAUACCUGGAGCAAGGGCGAGCAGCGAUGGGCGAGUUGAAGGUAUUGUUUGGCCUUCGUCAAUGGCGCGAGUAUUCCAAAAAGGAUGAUUCCAUUGUCCGCUAUGUUGAUCAUCCCAAGUAUAAACGCCGCAUAUUCCUCACAGAGGCAGUGAUGCCAAUUGAGCCACGUGAGCUUCUUCGAGUGUUUUGGGAGGAAGGUGAUAAGAUGGAGGAUUGGAACCCUACCGUGGAGGAUGCUGCCCUUUUUAAGGACAUAGGGACACAUGGGAAGGUGACGUAUCAACUGGCAGCGGCGCAGUCGAAGCUGGUGACGCAGAGGGACUUUGUCAACAUCAACUAUUGGGAGAAGGAUACGAAUGGGACGUAUUACCUGGUUUACAUGGCCACGGAAUGGCCCGAGAUGCCUCCGACCUCCAACUUCACCAGGGGCGAGAACGGGCCGAGUGGGUUCAAGAUUUCCCCAUUGGAAGAGGACCCGAGUAAAUCUCGCAUCCUUUGGGUCUUCAACACGGAGUUUCACUUCUUUCUCCUGCCUGAUGCCGUCGUGAACGCCUUCCUCCCGCCGUCCAUGCACUCCUACAUGUUCUACCUCCGCAAACACGUCCGGGAGAAUAUUUUAUCCCGCCAAUAGUUCAUCUUGCUUUCUUUUCACCUCCAUUUUUAACACUUAAUCUAGUCAUGAUCUCUCAUUUUCAUCUUGUCUUCUGCUCUUUGAGUCUACGAUUCGGUCUAGUGAAUGGAAAACGGGACCGGUUUUAUGCAUCUCGUCUGAUUCCUUGGGUCUCAAAAACUUUUUUUAAUUAUUGCCUGGCCUUCGUCUUCUUUCAAUAUUUUGUUUUUCAGUAUGAUUUAUUAGAUUGUUUAUUAGAUCUGGAUAAAAUCGAAUCUCUUGCUUGCCGUGCUUUUUGGCGAUUUUUAAUGCACAAUUUCAGACUCCGAUUAGUUUUUUAAAUCUCAAGCUUGGUUUAUUGUUAUCUAUGCAUGCUUUGAGCUUUCCAUACGUGGACGUCUGAGAAGCUGAAGGAUGGAUAUUUCGUCCAUCUGGAAAGGAUGGAAGGGGCUACUCCAUGCAGUAAGGAUGUUGGAGCUUUUCUAUCCAUAAAAAACUUGACACAUUUUUGAAUGGCUGUUCCUGACUGUUGAGCUUGCUGAUUAUUAUUCAAAUACUGAGGAGAGGCUGGGGACCCAUGAACUCCUUUUUUAUACUUAAUGGUGUUACUUUUUUGUUUGUUUUUAUAAGGAAAGGAAUGAAACCACUGGGCACUAGUGCUUUGUAUCUAACGUCAUCUCAGGCAUUGAUGAAAUUGGUAUUUAUAAGUUGUGUCCCAGCAAAUAUAAUAAAAUGCGAACAAUUCUCAGUUGAUACUGUUUGGAUUGCAGCUGGAUUUAAAAUAUAUUCUGGCUCAUGAGCUUCAUCCUUGACAUUUAUGAUAUACUGUAGGUGGUUAAAUCACUCAAGAAAGUGAGGAUAGCAGGCCUUUUUCUUCCUCGGCCUCGUGGCCCACUUGCUCAUUCGAUCCUGUGUAGUCUAAACACUCAUAUUAGACCCCUAAAAAAUUGCAUGUGUUAAGGAUUAGCAAUUGCCCUUAGUUCAUCAAACUGGUGGUAAUGGUUGUAUUAUAUUUAAGGAAGACUGGGAUGCAUUUUCGAUAGCACUGCGCCUAAAAUGCAUCCAAGAAAUAUAUUUUCAAGUCAAGAAAACUCAUUGCCUCCCUAUAACAGAUAAAUUUGCUCUGAGAAUUUUAGCUGUGAAGUGGUAUGUUAGACCAGUCUAAAUCUUGGAAUUGGCUCGUAGAUGUGUCUGAAAGUAUAAUUUUUGUGAUUUUGGGAUUUCUGGUCUCUCCUGCUUGUCUUGUAAGUUACUUUCAUCUGCAACAGAAAGGAAAAGCACUCAUUUUAAAUGAACGUUCAAAUUCGAAAAAAAAAACCUUCAAAGUUGUCUUGAUAAGAGGUCAUUCUAUUGGGUAUUAGACUUCAAAUUUUCUGAAUUACGGUUGGCGAACUAUGAAAUGCUGUGAACAGUGUGGCAUAUGCCACAGCCUCUGAACUCUCAAGUUCUCUUACAAAACGAAAUCUUAUGUUCACAUCAACGGAAGAUGAAUCUGGCCACACCCUGCAUACUGAUUACGUUGGAUCAACACUUUUCAUCGCACCCUGAGGCAAGUCGAAACCAGUGACAACAGGAGCACCGCUCCAACCAAUUCCCAGAGAGUUCCCUCCCACACCUCCAAGAGACAGGGAGCUGACAGUCACUUUUGAUUUUGUUUAUGCACGUGCAUGUGAUCUUUUUCCAGUCGGUGAACCUUUCCUGGUCAGUGAUCUUUCCUAAACCUAUUUUCCUUUCCCUACUGUAUGGGUGUAAAGGGGUGGAUGAUUGUAAGUUGAUCUCUGGCUGAGUUCCAUGAUAAUCGAAUAUUUGUACCUGUUGUGUCUUUUAUUUCAUGACCUAUUCCACCGGCGGUGGAAUACACUUGGAAUCAUAAGAAUUGAGCAACAUACGGACACGUUCGGAACGACCCUUCUUUGUUUCUUCUUGAUUUGCAC